CAACUUCUUUUUCUCAUUCAAAACCCCCUCCCUCACUGCAUGCCCUCAUUGUCAAUCGAAACCCUACGCGUACUGUUUUGUCUGUGAGAUUGGAAUCGCGAAAGAUUUCCCUGAUUUUCGAUCUUUCUGAUCUCUUUUACGAUGUCUAUGGAAUUCAACGUGCCGCCUGUGAUUUUCCCGUCCGGCGGCAAUCCCGGCGUCAACCCCGGCAUCGCUGGCGCCAACCUUCAGCAGCGCCGGGUUCCUACGGCGCCGUUUCAGCCUCCGCGACCUUCAUCGUUCUCGAUCCCUUUCAUGUCAUUCGACAUGGGCCCUGCCUCUUCUUCUUUCGGUGGCCCUAUAGGCGUUGGAGGCGUAUCAUCGGCAUCAUCCGCCGGGAAUUUUGAGGACGAGGAGUCCCUUCUGGACGAGCUUGGCAUCCAUCCGGACCAAAUAUGGGCAAAGACUAAGUCAAUACUGAACCCCUUUCGGGUCAACCCGGCUUUCCACAAGGACUCGGAUCUCUCCGGCCCGAUCUUCCUCUACCUAUCAUUCUGCCUUUUCCAAUUACUCGCUGGAAAGAUCCAAUUUGGUGUCAUCCUCGGAUGGAUUGUCGUUUCCUCAGUUUUUCUUUAUGUUGUUUUUAACAUGCUCGCCGGGAGGGAUGGUAAUUUGGACCUGCAUACAUGCACGAGCGUGGUGGGGUACUGUAUGCUGCCGGUUGUGAUCUUAUCGGCGUUGUCUCUUUUUCUGCCGCAAGGUGGGCCAAUGAGAUUCGUGAUUGCUGGCGUUUUUGUGUUGUGGGCGACCAGGGCGUGUACCAAUCUCAUGGUGGCGGUUUCGGAUGGGGUAGAUGAGCAUCGCGGGCUGGUAGCGUAUGCCUGUCUAUUGAUUUACUCUCUGUUUUCUCUGCUUGUUAUAUUUUAGUAUGGUAUGAGUGAAGGUGAGGAGCCAGAGCUGAAAUUUUGUUCUAUAGUGUGCAGUUUUGUAGUUUGAGUCUUUGCUGCAGGUGAUUAUGAACAUGAAUCUGAUAUUUUUGAUUGGAUUCGUGGUGUUGGGCAAGAAAAGGUAUACGUGUAAAGAUUGCAUUGCCUGUGAAUGACUUUAGUGAUAUGGUUAGAUAAAUACAGAAUCAUUAUGACUUAUUCUUUGCUUUUAGAAGCUUUGAUAGACCAGCUUGGUUUGUGUA